AUGAACGGCGACCGAGGAAUUCCCAUCACGACACCAAUGACAGUCACGAAGCCUGUGUAUCGUCAAUACUUGGUGAACAAGGUUAUCCCUGCGAUUCAAGCCCAGUGGCCCUCCAAUCGCUGUGGACCGGUGUUCAUUCAGCAAGACAAUCCCAAGCCUCACGUUGGUCUUGACGAUCCGCAAGUGAUGGAAGCAGGGAGCACGAAUGGGUGGAGCAUUCGUCUCACGGCACAGCCAGCACAAAGCCCGGACUUCACUGUCCUGUUUUUGGGAUUUUUCAAUGCCAUACAAAACCUGCAGCAUCAGACCUCAGCGCGCACCAUCGACGACCUCAUCAAGUCGGUACAAGACGCGUUUACAGAUUUGCCUUGGCGUGUGCUGGACAAGACGAUCAUGACCUUGCAAAAGGUCAUGGAAGAGUCCAUCAAGCUUCAAGGCGUAAAUGUGUACAAGCUGCCGCACUUGCGUAAAGACGUCCAAGAGAAUGCUGGUGUGCGUGAAUUGCAUCCAUCGUGUGAUCCAGAAGUCGUCGCAGCCCUCGAAGCAUUGGAGAGUCGCUUGGCUGACGAGGACCUGGUCGACGAAAUGGCUGAACUGUUCAAAACUUCUAGUGAUUUUGCGCAGGUGGAGAAUAUAGUUGUGGUGUGAAAAAUACUUAGAGUGCCAACUAACUUGUUGAUCACAUCAUGUAUUCACUCGUCGUAGAAUUGUACUUCUGAAUAAAAAUACACUUAUACCUCGAA